UGAAGAUAUUGUAUAUUCCAAAUAUAUCUUUAAGAUAUCUCUAUGAUAUGUUUGGAUACCUCUGCUGUGUGAGCAUAUAUUUUUAUGAAUAUUAUCACAAUACAUAUAUAUUAUAAAUACUAACCAAAGAUUGCUCCUUCUAUUAUGGGGAACUUUCGGUUUAGAUACCAGUUUAGAUACCGCAGUGUGUAGACGUGUUUAAGCACGAUUAAUGAUUUUUUUGGAAAGUAAAAAUUACGUUGUUAACCGACACAUUCCGCUUUAACGUUUUCACGAUAUGUACGUCGCUGAAAUGUUCAUAUUGACGUGUACACACAUAUAUGUCAGUGUAUAUCUUUAUAGUAUAAGAUCUUGAAGGGAUAUCUUGGGAACUUGUGUGGAUAUUUAGAAGUCCUCGAAAUAUUUUUAGGAUGUUCUGAACUUAUGCGUCAUAAGUCACUUAACAAUCCUCUGAAUGUCUUUGGGACAUCUUUUAAAUCUUGUGCUAUCUUGUGAGUAUAUAUACUGUCAUAUUGAAACUCAACAUUAGCAAAAUAGAGUUGUUAAAAUAAUGUCGAUGAAAACAACGUCGAUAAAAUAAUUCCUUGGAAUUAUUUCCGAGGAAUAUUUAAGAACAGAGAUUUGAAAGGAUUAAGAGAAAAUAUAUUGAAAGAAAAAGAUAGUGUGCCAAAUAACCAUAAAUAUUCUCGGGAAAGGCUGAAGUUUUCGUCUCGUGCACACGAUUUCAUCGACCGAUUAAGCCAGUGACCAGUAGAAAAACGGAGGAAGUACCGGAUCUGUAAACAUACGACUCUUUUGUAAAGUUCUAGUAAUGCAACAUUUGUUAAGUUGUUAUAAUACAAAUACAACGAUAGAUCCAGAAUAAUUUGUCCUGAAGAUGAAAGAAACACAAUAAACUUGUCCUUCAUAUUGUAUGAAUACUUUCAAGAUAUAUCGAAGACAAGAUAAAGGUUAUGGAAGGUAACGAAGUUACAAUGGAAAUAGAAGGACAAGCUACAGAAGCAGCUGCAGAAGAAAUAGAAGAAGCUCAAGAAGCAGAAGAAGCAGAGGAAAUGGAAGAUGGGGAAAUACACAUGAAUCCUCCUAACGAUAACAAUGUACAAAAUACUGUUGAAAAGCAUACACAUAUUACAAAUUCACAAGAAGAAAAUAAAGCAGAUGUGAGCAUGAAUGAGUCAAAUGUUGAAGAUUCUGACCAAAUAUGCCCAAUUUGCAUGGAACAGUGGACUAGUUCAGGAGAUCACCGUUUAUGUUGCUUACGAUGUGGACAUUUGUUUGGACAUAGUUGUAUCUUGAAAUGGUUACAAUGUUCCGUGAGCACAAAUCGACGUUGUCCACAAUGCAACAAGAAAGCUUUAGUAAAACAUAUUAGGUUUUUGUAUGCAAGAAAACUGUCGUCAAGGGAUACUGGCGAAUUAGAGAAAAUAAAAAAGGACUUACAUAAUGUCACAACCGAGAAGAACAAGAAAGAAACGGAAUUGUCACAAUGUAACAUUCGCCUGAAAAUAUAUGAACAAAAAGUGGCCAGUUUGCAACAUCGUAUUGCCGAACUGGAAAACCAACAAACAGAAAUCAAUACUUAUAUAAAUCAAACUGCAUCAGGCUCCUCCGUUAGGAAGUUCCACCUAGAACGAUCUAUAGAUAUAUACAAAAACGGCGAUUGUCGUGUAUUAGAUUACAAUCCAUGGUACAAGGUUUUGUUCGUUUCUCAAAAGACAGAAUCAAACGCCUUAUUCAGUGGAUAUGGCGUGAGGAAAAUUGAUCCUAUGAACUUCCAAGCGUGGCAAUUAAUUUUUUUACACCAUCUUGCUAUAAGAGAUAUAAAGUUUCAUUCUAUGCAACCGUCGCUUCUCCUAAGUGUCGGCUUUGAUAAGUGUGCAAAGUUAAUGGACGUUCAAAAUAAUAUGAUACUACAUACAUUCAAAACAGAAAGCCCACUUUGGAGUUGUUGUUGGUCAGGUGAUAACUCGAAUCUUUUACUAGUUGGUGCUCAAAAUGGAUCUAUUACUCGGUUUGAUAUUAGACAGAUUUCUAGUCCCGUAGACACAUUGGAUGGUCAAAGUGAUAAAUCACCAGUUGUAUCUAUGACAACAGUACAGCCGAAUCCUGGUAGUGGUAUUGGUAGAGGCGGAUUUAUAGCAUGUCGGUUGAAUACGUGUUAUGUAUAUGAAUCUAAGAAUGCCAGUUAUUUACCUAAACAAGUGUUCUUAGAAGGUCCCUUUAUCUCGGUGCGCUAUGAUGAGAAAAGCAAGCACGCCCUUAUAUCUUCCCGUCCGAAUGCUAGACAACCACACGCAAGACAUGCAGUGUGUACCAUUGAAAGAGGAAGUGAAGAGAUAAUUAUGUGUAGCGUUGUACAUACGUUCAAUGCUGGUAAUUCUCAAAGACUUUUAUCUCGACCAUGUCAUAUAUAUACGGAGAAUGAUACAUUAGUAGCAGCACAUCAAGAAGCAAACAGCAAUAUAUCAAUAUGGAGUGUCACAAGCGGCAAACAAUUACAAAUACUUCCAGUAUCAGAUCCUGUUAUGGACCUAUGUUCAUUUACAGUCCAUAAUGAUUUAUUGUUAGCAAAUCUCUCCACAAAUAAAGUUAGAUUAUAUAAUUAUGGACAAAUAGGAUGUGCGUAAAGUUUAAAAAAAUAUACAAAAUAAUUGUAGCAUUAUGACAAAACGAAUUAUUAUUAUUCUUCUAUAUAUUUCUCUCUUUUUGUACUUUGAUAUUAUAUUUAAAAACUUGCCUCAAGACAAAAUAAAUUUACCUCUAAAAUUUAUUUAUAACAAUAAUAUUUUAUUAUUCUAUAAUGCGUUCAUAUUUUCUUGCACUUAUGUGCAUUCCUAUAGAUAAUAGCACCUGAUGGAUUGAAU